AAUCAUGAAGAGCGGGGACAAGGAACAGGAAGUGGCAGCGGCUGGAGAAAGAUGAGAAGAGAGGAGUUGGCAGUGAGAGGAUCAGCUUAUGGCCGAGAGUUCUGCUUUGGUGAAGAUCGGAAGCCUUACAGAUGUGAGAUAGGAUACUGCUGUGGUGAUACCGAGUGUUGCACUUACUACUAUGAGCUGUGGUGGUUCUGGCUGGCCUGGACGCUCAUCAUUCUGGCAGGCUGCUGCUGUGCAUAUCGGCACCGUAGAGUAAAAAUAAGACAUCAGCAGGAGCUGAGACAACGUGAGAUCAGCCUUAAUGGCCUACCAGGGGGUCACUCCAUCUGCCUCUGCUGCAACUGCCUUAGAGGUCUGGCCAACCUGCAAACUGCCUACAUAUGAAGAAGUGACCCAAGACCCACCCACGCCUCCACCACCCUAUUCUGAGAUUUUGGAAGAGACAGGUGGUGAGAGUCAACAUUUUCCUGCAGCUAGUUCUGUAAGUUUAGAUCUUACACUAUCUCAGCAAGAGGCAGCAUCACCCGACGAGGUGUCUACAACAGAUCAUCUUGUGUAUCGACAUGAUUGUAUGGAGCAAGAGAGUGCCAGUGCCUUGGAGAGGAGACGCCACAUCACAGGGGAUUCAGGAAUCGUUCUUUGUGACGAGAAGGUCAUAUGCUUGAGUGGGAGAGAAGAGGAGGCUGAUCUAUGUGGUGGGCGAUACGUCCACAUAGAAACAGGAGAGAUACAUAGACAGGGGGAUAACUAA